UGUCACGUGACUCUUGGCUGCGGGACAUGCAGAGAGGAGCUGGGAAGUGCGGAGGCGGCUGUUGUUGGAACGAAGUCCCGCCUCCUCUGACAGGAUUGGUUCAGCGUUCGCGUGGCAUCACGCUGAUUGGACAAUUGCGCUAGAAUGUGACCUGCUCACCAAUAACAGGGCAGGAAGCCUGAUUUGCCGGAAUGUGGUUGGGAAAAUAAAAUCAACAACAAAAACGCUGACAAACUGUGUGAUGGUGAGCCUCAGCUUCAGUGGGUGAUGUGAAGACGCUGCCUGUGUGUGUGUCUCUGUGUGUGUGAGGUGCAGCGAUGAAGCUAAAUGAGCGGAGCGUGGUGCACUACGCCACCUGUGGCGUUCCUCCAGAUAAAUCAGGCUUCCUGAUGAAGAAGAGCGAGCGCAGUGGGACAUUCCACCGCCGCUGGUGCGUUCUCAAAGCCAACCUGCUCUUCCUGUUUGAGGAGCGCGGGAGGCGCGAGCCGCUGGGCCUGGUGGUGCUGGAGGGCUGCACGGUGGAGCUGUGUGAGAGCGAGCGCGUCGACUUUGCCUUCUCCAUACGCUUCGGACCGAGCCACACCCACACGCUCGCCGCCGACACGCAGGCCGAGAUGGAGGACUGGGCCAAGGCGUUAGCGCACGCUAGCUUCCAGUACCUGCGCCUGCUGGUGCGCGAGCUCGAGAAGCAGCUGGAGGAGGUGCAGAAGAGGCACGAGGGCGGAGCAGCAGGAGGUGGAGGAGUGAGCGCGGCGCUCCGUCCCGAUCCCAACGGCAGGGAGAACGGAGUUUCCUGGAAUGAGCCGUCACAUGCUGAGGGGAGAGAGAACAGCGUCUCCUGGAGCAAACCCACGCUUGCUAACGGGGUGGCCUGGGAGGGCGAGUGUGGCCCGAGGGGGCGUCCUCCACCUGUUCCUCCGCGCAGGAAAAGCCCCCCUGAGGUGGGUGUGGCUCAUGGAGAGGUGGGUGUAUCUCCCGGAACCACCUGCUUCUCCAAACUGCACGACUGGUACGGAAAGGAAGUGGCUCAGCUCCGCAGCGAGUGGCUGCAGAGUCAGUAGCAGGGGUGCGUUUGAGCCACAGACUCGAAUCAUCACGGUAUUCAACACCACACUGUUACCUGGGUUCCUCAGGAAGGGGCGGGGUUAACGAGACAACAAACAUGACAAUGACCUGGAAUCCCGGACGAGCCCCAGUCGAGUGUGUGGAGCUUCAACACCAGAGACGAGGAGAGGAGUGGACGCUGUUUCAGUCUCUCCAUCUCUGAUCCAACCUCCAGCAUGGUUUAUUUACAGUAAUUACAAAAUAAAGGACUGGAGACGGUGCAUGAAAACGAGAAAUACAGAAGUCCAACACUUGUACAGGUGCAGAUUCGCCAUGGAAACACGUUUUCACGAAUAAACCUGGAGUUAAAACGGACUGAGGUUCUUAUAAACGGAGGAACAGAAGCUCCACAGUGAAGCGAACGAUCUACAGGAAGUUAGUGAAUAACGUGUGAAUAAUCUCUCGGUGGACUCGUUAAUGAUGUUGUCUCGGUGCUUUACCAUCCUGUCUCCCCCUCCUCCUCCUCCUCCUCCUAAUCAGACUCUGUUAGCAUGAGUUUUAUCCCAUUUUUUUACUCACUGUGUUUAUCUUGUUUAAUCUCGCUCCUUUAUACAUUACAAAGGUGACUAAUAGCUACAUUUUUUUAAUGUUAUCAAGGUCAUUUUAAGGUGCAUCUCUAAACAGGAAGUGAGGAUGAUGCUUCCGGAUAAAGUGCCGUUAUUUCUGAGUGAACCGGGGGGGGGGGUCAGCCGGAGUAGUGUUGUUACUGUACACAUUUCUACAGUUACACUAUUACUAAUAGCAUUAUUACUAUUAUUGGUGCUUAUUUUUAAAAAAAAAACGUCCAGCUGGAACCUUUCUGGAAAAAGCCCCAGUGCCAAAAGUUUUGCUUGUUUGUGCAGUGGAAAUAAAAUUUGAUUUCCGUUUUAAUAGUAAUAAUAAUAGCGUGUAUUUAACGCUGUAGCAGUGUGUGAGCGCGACGUUAGCGAGCUGGAGCUGGUCUCUAGCGGAAUGUUGUCGUCGUUAUUGCGAUGGAAUUUUCCAGCGUUUACACCGAAUCUGUUUCUAUUUUAUAGAUUUCUUAAUUGAAAUGGUUUCCAUGGUUACGUUUACGUUUGCUCGUCAGUUUACUCCUCUCUAAAAGAGUUAACUCCGUUUCUGAUUUUGGUCCGAUGAAAUAUUAAGAAUUUAAUUUUAAAAUGAAAGCCACGGUACUCGACAUUGUUUCUAAAACAAACAAAGGACUUACUGCACUAUUUUUAAAUUACUUUUUUUUUUUGAGAGACGUUUAUAGAAGAAGAAGCCUUUAUUUGUCACAUGCACACUUCAAGCAUUGUGAAAUUCAUCCUCUGUAUUUAACCCAUCUGAAGCAGUGAACACACACACACACCCAGAGCAGUGGGCAGCCGCACUACAGCGCCCGGGGAGCAGUCAGGGGUUCGGUACCUCGCUUAAGGGCACUUCAGCCCAAGGCUGCCCCACGUUAACCUACUGCAUGUCUUUGGGGGAAACCGGAGCACCCGGAGGAAACCCACGCAGACACAGGGAGAACAUGCAAACUCCACACAGAAAGGCCCUCGCCGGCCACGGGGCUCGAACCCGGACCUUCUUGCUGUGAGGCGACAGUGCUAACCACUACACCACCGUGCCAGUGUUUUACAGAGACGGGCUGUGUGUAUGAGCUCAGCAGUACAAAGUUCUUCAUUGUAUAAUCUAAUAAUCUGUGUUUUUUAAUCCUCUAUAUCAUUAUUCAUUUAACCAACACGUUUAAUCCAUGUUGACUGAAGCCGAGGUGCCGCAGCCUGAGCUCAGGACUUACUGCUUUACAAAGGGAAUUAAACACUCUGCUUGUUUAGGAAACUAAUCAACACUCUGAAGAUAUUUUCCCUAACAGGACAACAUGGAGUGUUUUAUUCCUCUUACACCAUCGCGGGUUAGCAGCAUGUCCGCGUGAGCAGCGUGUAAUCCACUCUUCACUUCCCCGAGUCUGAGCUUUCACCUCCAUCAGUGCUGAAGAGAGAGACGAUUAAACUCCACCUGUCCGUCUGUCUAAUGAUUGUAUUUUACAAAUAAACCACUUUUUCCAACAA